AAACGAAGCAUGGCAAUGUCGGUUAUUACGAGGAUUAGUUAUGGACAUUUGUGGGAAUUCCAAAUCGACCACUCCAAAUGAUGAUGGGGAUGAUCGUCGUCGUCGUCACUCGUAUGCUAUAAACCCCAACCAAAUCAAAUCACUACAAACAACUUUUGAAAUUGUUCUUCCCCAAUUCUCUCUCUACAAUUUUCUUGAAUUUAUAUUAUACCAUCAAAUCAAUAUAGAUAGAUAGAUAGAUAGAUAGAUAGAUAUAGAUGCAUAGAGAUAUGGUUGAUGAUGCAGACAAAUUAGCUUCAUUUCAAGCAAUCACAGGCCUUGAAGACCCCGAUUUGUGCACCGAGAUCCUUUACACCCAUGGGUGGGACCUUGAGCAAGCCAUCUCCACUUUCACCUCCACUCACUCCGACGACCCCUCCUCCUCCGCCGCCGAUCCGCAUCAGUCAGACGAAGGAUCCGGACUCAUCGCCCGCGGUCCUCCGCCUCCAGGUCUUGCAUGGAAGCUCAUCACGCUUCCGUUUUCCAUCAUUUCCAGUAGCCUAGGGUUAAUUUCCGGCGCAAUUGGCCUCGGUAUGUGGGCCGCCGGUGGUGUCCUCUCGUAUUCUCUGAGCAUGAUCGGAUUGAAUUCGAGCCGUAAUGGUGACUCCUCGUCGUCUCGAUUGGUUCCAACAUCGGCCUCUGCAUCAGAGGCGAUGGAUUUCGUAUCUCAUUUCGAGAGGGUUUAUGGCACUACUGGCCCGAAUUUUGUUGCCGAAGGGUUUAUGGAUGCUCUGCAACGGUCUCGGCAUGCGUUUAAGUUGUUGUUUGUGUACUUGCAUUCGCCUGAUCAUCCCGAUACGCCUUUGUUUUGCGAGAGGAUUCUGUGUUCUGAAGUCUUGGCCGCGUUUGUGAACGAGAAUUUCGUUUCCUGGGGAGGGAGUAUUCGCGCUAGCGAGGGGUUCAAGAUGAGUAACAGCUUAAAGGCAUCUAGGUAUCCGUUUUGUGCUGUGGUUAUGGCAGCCACGAAUCAGAGGAUUGCCUUACUUCAGCAGGUUGAGGGGCCCAAAUCUCCUGAGGAGGUGCUGACAAUGUUGCAGAGAGUCCUUGAGGAAACUGCCCCUGUUCUUGUUGCUGCCAGGCUUGAUGCAGAAGAACGAAGGAGCAACAUGCGUUUGAGGGAGGAACAAGAUGCUGCAUAUCGAGCAGCACUUGAAGCUGAUCAAGCUAGAGAACACCAGAGGAAAGAAGAGCAAGAGCAGCUGGCAAGGGAAGCUGCUGAAGCUGUGAGGAAGCAAAAGGAAGAAGAAGAGGCUCGUGAAAGAGCAGCACGUGAAGCUGCUGAGAAAGAAGCUGCAUUAGCUAGAAUUCGGGAGGAGAAAGCCCUGUCACUGGGCGCUGAGCCAGAAAAAGGACCCGAUGUAACACAAGUUUUGGUGCGGUUCCCAACUGGUGAGCGCAAGGAAAGGAGGUUCCAUAGUACUGAAAAAAUCCAGUCUCUCUAUGACUAUGUUGAUUCUUUGGGUUGCUUACAAGUUGAGAGUUACAGUCUUGUCUCCAACUUUCCUCGAAUUGUCUAUGGCCCAGAGAAGCUGUCUUUGACCCUGAAAGAAGCAGGAUUACAUCCACAGGCCAGCCUUUUUGUGGAGCUGAACUCAUGAGAGCAACAUACCGUUACACAAACUUGAAAUUUUCUGAGUAGUCCAAGAAGAACCCCACUAAUAGGAUAUUUUGUUGUUCUUUUAUUGAUCUAUAUGCGACAAUGGGAUUUAAUUUCUUCUAGCAAUAGCAUUCAAUAGAUUCUGAUAAAUUGCCAGCAAUGGCAGUUUCCAUUUGAUAUAUUUGUUGAAUGUCAGAAUUAAAUUGGCAAAUGUGAUCAUUUCUUUUGAUGCAA